AUGUGGGCCCACGACACUUACCCACCCAUAGAAGGUGAAAUAACAGUCAAAUAUUGCAAAACAUGCGGAAUGCCAUAUGAUUAUUGUGAUUUUGGAGGCAUGUGGUCAAUAUGUAAGGAAACAGCGACUGGAAAAUACCCAAAUUUGUACUCUGAAGGGCACGUAGCAAAGGAGGAUAAGAAGAAAACUGAGAAGAAAAAACCAGAUGACGAUAAAGUGACUAUCCAAAGGGUUUCAAGGGCUAAAAGGAAGGUGGUCACUGCGGUCAGUGGGCUACAUUUAUUUGGUGUGAAGCUAGAUGCGGCAUCUAAACUUUUCAGUAAACAAUUUGCCACGGGGGCCAGUAUCGUUAAGGGAAUUCCUGGGCAGUCAGACAAGAUAGAUAUACAAGGAGAUGUUGAAUCUACAAUUGUUCAGUUUAUAAAGCAGUGUUUUCCAUCAAUUCCCAGCGACAAGAUUGCAAUUCUGCCUCCGAAAAUAUAA